CACAUGGACAAUGAGGCUGGUCCUCCGACUGAGGAACCAGUAACGGCUGCGGUUCAAUCCGAGUCGGACUCCGCUUUAGAAGCUUGGUGGGAUUCGUUUUUGAAGCAAAAGCGAGCGGAGGAUGCGUUGGAUGCAGAGCUUCGUUCUACAUGGGAAAAUUGCAGCCAACGGCGCCUAAAGUUUGCGCGGGAAGUGAAGCAAAUGGCCGAACUUUAUCAACCGAUAGAGAAGCUUAUCCAGACUGUGCUCGAAUCUGACAAGGCACAUCGUGGAGAUAAUCUCUAUCGAGAGUGGGGCAAGAUGAGGCGUAAAGAAUGUCUGCUGGCCUACUACGACAAUGAUAACUUCCGAGCCACCUAUGCACAACAGAGAUUUCUGAGUAGUGCGACCAGUUUUCUGCAGGCCCUUGUCUAUCGAAUUAUUCCAGAAACUCCGGCUGUUGAGACCUACCUGAAGGAUCAUGUGUCUCGCGUCAUCAGUGUUGGAGUUGGACCGGGCCCAGAUGUGGUCGCCUAUGUGGCCUAUGCCCGAACGCAUGGAUUCAAACAGCGCCUGGUCUACUACUGUCUGGAUCAGUGUUCCGGUUGGGGCAUGUAUCUGGCAACGCUCGAUCGCCACUGGGCCGCCGAGCAUCGCCUCUCAAUCUGGUUCAAACCAUUUCGCUUCGGCAAGCCCGAAGACGUCGACACAUUGCCGGAUGCGGACAUGUUAGUGUUCAGUUUUGCCAACACAGCCCUAAUGUCCCACACCAUUUGGCCUCUACUCCAAGCUCGAUAUCGACUGAUUGUCGUCCUGGAUGGUAUCAAGGAGGUCGUUGUUGAUUCAUUCCUGGAUGCCGGAUUCAAGGACUUCACGCUGACCGAGAAGACUAGCGUGUACUAUCAUUUCGCCGGCCUCCCAGAAUUGAAGGAUGCCUCAUGUAGAAUGGACUCAUACGCAUCGGGCGAUAAUCCCCUGCCUGGCGAAGCGGACCUUUGAUUACAUUUGUUUAUCUUCUAUUUGCUUUUACUACUAAUUCGUGUUUGCUAUUUUUAUAACUCUAUUUUUUCCGAACGCCGGAGAGUAUCACUCUGGCCUGUGCACACCGGUGAAGUUGCCCUUUCAUGUACAGGACUUCCGUCGUUUCGUUAAAGCUUCUUGGCGCUGAUGCUUAUUAUCCUGUCCAUCAUUUUUUACUCAUCACUGUCCCGGAUUCACUCGCGCCGUUUGCCCAAUUUCUCCUCGCCUUUGUGAUGAAAUGAAGCAUAUUGUCUAUACUACUAAUAAACUUAAUAGUAUGAUGUUUUUGAAAUUCCCGUGUUCACAUCACCCGUUCGAGCUAUCAUCUUUGUGUCUUAUUCAAGUGUCGUUCUCAGUAAAGCUCCUUAACAGUGCA